AUCAAAUGGCGUAACUUCCGGUUUUCGCUCCUUUCUCCCGUCCCUUAUCAACGGUGUGACCCGCGUGUUUACACAGUCCCAGAUGAAGGAGUCGAUAAUGAACCAGGAGAAGCUUGCCAAACUGCAGGCUCAGGUCCGCAUAGGCGGCAAGGGGUCAGCUCGCAGAAAGAAGAAGGUGGUGCACAGAACAGCUACAGCAGAUGAUAAGAAGCUGCAGUUUUCCCUGAAGAAACUGGGAGUCAACAAUAUCUCUGGCAUUGAAGAGGUGAAUAUGUUUACAAACCACGGGACAGUGAUCCACUUUAACAACCCAAAGGUUCAGGCCUCCUUGGCUGCCAACACUUUCACAAUCACAGGGCACGCUGAGAACAAACAGCUCACAGAGAUGCUCCCAGGAAUCCUAAACCAGCUGGGAGCCGACAGUCUCACCAGCCUCCGGAGAUUAGCCGAGAAUCUGCCCAAACCAGGAGAGAACAAGGCUCCCAUGGUUGCUGUUGAAGAGGAGGAUGAUGAGGUUCCUGAUCUCGUUGAAAACUUCGACGAGGCUUCAAAGAACGAGGCAAACUAGCAAACACCAGUAAACGUUUCGGAGCACCUUUUGACUCGCCGUGCUUUGGCAUAGAAGCAUUUUGUUCAUCUGUUUAUGCUUUGUGUCCACAGAGUGUUAAAGUUGGUGUAAAACAAGUGAAAUGAGCUCUGUAUGGCAGCUUUCACGCAGCCCUUUGUGCCACAUGCUCUGCAGUACAAGUGAAAUUAUUUAAGUGGAAUGUGCAAACCUUUUUAUUUCUCACGCUGCCUCUCCUGCAUUGUGAUGUCCACACAUCAGAAAUGUAAUGGUGGAAUGAAUCAUGUAAUAAAGAUCACCUUUCCCAUUUA